AUGCUGCUCCUUGGGUUGCUGCUGCUGCUGACCCUGCUAGCUGCUGCCCGCCUGCUGUGGGGCCAGUGGAAGCUCAGGAGCCUCCACCUCCCACCUCUUGUCCCAGGUUUCCUGCACCUGCUGCAACCCAACCUCCCCAUCUAUCUACUUGGCCUAGCUCAGAAAUUCGGGCCAAUCUAUAGGCUCCGCUUCGGGCUGCAAGAUGUGGUGGUGUUGAACAGUAAGAGGACCAUUGAGGAAGCCAUGAUCAAAAAGUGGGUGGACUUUGCCGGCAGACCCCCUUCGCCGAGCUACAAGCUGAUAUGUGAGCACUACCCGGACCUGUCGCUAGGGGACUACUCCCUGCUCUGGAAAGCCCAUAAGAAACUGGCGCGCUCGGCCCUGCUGCUGGGCAUCCACGACUCCAUGGAGCCGCUGGUGGAGCGGCUAGCCCAAGAGUUCUGCGAGCGCCUGAGAGCCCAGGCCGGAGCCCCCGUGGCCAUCCAGGAAGAAUUCUCUUUCCUCACCUGUAGCAUCAUCUGCUCCCUCACCUUCGGAGACAAGGUCAAGGAGGACACCUUGGUGUGGACCGUUUACAACAACGUCCAGGACUUGCUGAAGGCCUGGGGCCACUGGUCCGUCCAAAUGUUGGACAUGGUUCCCUUUCUCAGGUUCUUCCCCAACCCAGGCGUGUGGAGGCUGAAGCAGGUCUUAGAGCACAGGGACCGCAUCGUGGCGCGGCAGCUGAGACGGCACAAGGAGAGCCUGGUGGCCGGCCGGUGCAGGGACAUGGUGGACUACAUGCUCCACGGGGUGGGCCGGCAGAGAGAGGGGCAGGGCUCCGGGCAGCUCGCCGAAGGUCACGUGCACAUGGCCGUGGUGGACCUUUUCAUUGGCGGCACCGAGACCACGGCCAUCACCCUCUCCUGGGCUGUGGCGUUCUUGCUUCACCACCCUGAGAUUCAACGGCGGCUGCAGGAGGAGCUGGACCUCGAGCUGGGCCCCGACGCCACGGGCUCCCGGGUCUCCUACAAGGAACGGGCGCGGCUGCCCUUGCUCAACGCCACCAUCGCCGAGGUGCUGCGCCUGAGGCCCGUGGUGCCCUUGGCCUUGCCGCACCGCACUACACGGCCCAGCAGCAUCUCGGGCUACGACAUCCCUGAGGGCACGGUUGUCAUCCCCAACCUCCAGGGCGCGCAGCUCGACGAGACUGUCUGGGAGCAGCCCCACGAGUUCUCGCCGGACCGCUUCCUGGAGCCAGGCAAGAGCCCCAGGCUGCUGGCUUUCGGCUGCGGGGCGCGCUUGUGCCUGGGAGAAACGCUGGCGCGCCUGGAGCUCUUCGUGGUGCUGGCGCGGCUGCUCCGGGCCUUCACGCUGCUGCCGCCCGCGGGCGCCCUGCCCUCUCUGGAGCCCCUGCCCUGCAGCGGCGUCAACCUCCUGAUGCAGCCUUUCCAGGUGCAGCUGCAGCCCCGUGGCCCCGGUGCCGCGAGCCUGGGCCAGGGCCAGUGAUGGGGUAGGACCAGUGCCAGCCGCGUGCCUCA